AUGACCAGUCCUCCUUUGUCCCCAGCCAUCUGCCUGACUGCCACCUCCACAGUGAUGUUUCAAGGCUGGCUGGCUCUUGCCCUCCUGUCUCUGCUGAGCCUGGGCACCCAGGCCUUCAACAGCCAGCUCGUCAAGUGCUUUGAGGACCCUCAGUAUGAAGAAUUGCUGCGGCUGGCUCGAGAUGGGCUGGGGCAGACAGCUGCAAGGAAACGAGUGGUGGUGAUUGGGGCAGGCAUGGCUGGGCUCACGGCUGCCAAGAUCUUGCAGGAUGCGGGUCACCAGGUGACUGUUCUGGAGGCCUCUGGGCGUGUAGGAGGCAGAAUUGAGACCCACAGAGUUCCUGGAGCACAUUGGUACAUAGAGCUGGGCGCCAUGAGGAUCCCUAUCAACCACAGACUUUCUCAUGAGUUCAUCAGGAAAUUUGGGCUAAUGCUGAAGGAAUUCUGCCCCUGUAACAACCAGACGUGGGUGAUGGUCAAUGGAGUCCGACAGCGCUCAGGGGCAGUGCAGGCUGACCCCAGCCUGCUAGGGUACCAAGUCAGAAAAGACGAGAUGGGGAAGACAGCGGAACAGCUCUUUGAUGAGUCACUGAGGAAGAUUGUGGAGGAACUGAAGAACAGCAGCUGCCGUGAGGUGUUGGAGAAGUACGAUUCCUACUCUACCAAGGAGUACCUGAUCAAGGUGGGGAACCUGAGCCGAGGGGCCGUUCAGAUGAUUGGAGACUUGCUGAACACAGACUCUGGCUACUAUGAAGCCUUUACAGAGACCCUGCGUGGCAUCAUCUCCUUCUUCCAGGAGCCCCGGUUUGAUGAAAUCAUUGGGGGCUUCGAUCAGCUCCCCCAGGCCCUGCACAGCUCGCUCCUGCCCGGCACGGUCCGGUUCCACUCGCCGGCGGAGGAAGUGGAGACGUCCGGAGACCGCGUCCACGUGACCUACGGGACGCCAGACCCUCUGCAGCCCAGGGCGCGGCUGACCGCGGACUUCCUGGUGGUGGCCAGCACUGCGAAGGCCGCCCGGCUGCUCCGGUUCCGGCCGCGGCUCUCCCUCGGCAAGGAGGACGCGCUCCGGUCCGUCCACUACAAUGCGGCCACCAAAGUGAUCCUGGCCUGCACGCAGCGCUUCUGGGAGCUCGACGGCAUCUACAGCGGCAAGUCCAGCACCGACCGGCCUUCCCGCUUCAUCUACUACCCCAACCACAUCUUCCCCAACAGAGUAGGGGUCAUCCUGGCAUCUUACACCCUGGACGACGACUCCAUGUUCUUUGCUUCCCUGGACCAGGCUCGGGCGGUGGACAUCGUCCUGGGCGACCUAGCCGCUAUCCAUGACCGCCCCAAAGAGGAGCUGCGUGCCCUGUGUCCCUACUUCACCGUCAAGCACUGGGGCCAGGACCCUUAUUCCAUGGGUGGCUUCGCCUUCUUCACCCCUUACCAGUACGUGGACUAUGCCCAGGAGCUCAGCCAGCCGGAAGGAUGUGUGUACUUCGCAGGUGAGCACACAGCUCUGCCCCACGGCUGGAUUGACACUGCCAUUAAGUCAGGGCUCAGGGCAGCAAAGAACAUCCAGGAGGCUGUGGACUCGGCUUUGACAAGUAACCCCAGAAACACAAAAAAGCACUACUCCAAAAGUGAGCUGUAACUGUGUGGUUCCCAGGAACUGGUUGGGUUUGAACAUGUUUGUCUGUUGGGAAAAGACUCAGAACCCACCCCAACUUAUUUUCACGUUUGCUCAGAGAAGCUCCCGGUGACCAAGGACCAAGGAAUGGGGCCUCACAAGUAACUGAAUGCCUGUAACCUUGAAUUUACCUCGAAAAGAACAUGCGGUGUAGAGAUGAAAAUAACGUCUUUAUUGAAUCUAAGGUUAUCAGUGUUUUCUUUUGUUUUGAGACAGGGUCUCCCUGUA